CUUGAACAUCCACCUGCGACUGCGCAGCGACGCACGACACACAGCACAUCAUGGCCUCCAAACUCGCGCCAAUGCUCCUCCGAGGGAGCCGGAGGGCUUUCCAAAGCGCGGUGAAAGAGCAGAGGAGGACAUUCCAGACAACGCGGAUAGCACAGAGCGCAUCUCUCAAUGUGCACCGCAACACGCCUGAGAACAACCCCGAUAUUCCCUUCAAGUUCAACAAGGUCAACGAGGAGUUGAUCAAGGAGGUCCUCUCGCGAUACCCUUCACAAUACAAGAAGGCCGCAGUCAUGCCCCUUCUCGAUCUCGGCCAGCGACAGCACGGAUUCACCAGCAUCAGCGUGAUGAACGAGGUUGCGCGGAUACUGGAGAUGCCUCCAAUGCGUGUCUACGAGGUGGCCACUUUCUAUACCAUGUACAACAGGAACCCUGUGGGCAAAUUCCAUGUUCAAUGCUGCACAACUACACCAUGCCAGCUCGGUGGCGUCGGCAGCGAUGUGAUCAUGAAGGCGAUCGAGGAGGAACUCGGCAUUCACCAUGGCGAGACAACCCCAGACAAGCUCUUCACCUUCACAGAGGUCGAGUGCUUGGGUGCGUGCGCAAACGCACCAAUGGUUCAGAUUAACGACGAUUACUACGAGGACCUGACUCCCGAGAAGACCAAGGAUCUCCUCCGAGCUUUGAGGGAGGCCGCAGAGAAGACGGGCGCAAGCGGCUGGGCGCCAGGCCUCGCAGGCGAUGCAGGCAAGGACAAAGUGUCAGGCGAGACAACAGGCUACCAAGUCAAGCAGGGCGGUCUCGGCUACGCCGCCCAAGGCGUAAAGAUUCCGGCACCUGGACCUCUGAGCGAGCGCAUUUCAUGUGAGAACUCGGCAGGCCGAACGAAUCUACUGGAGGAGCCACCCGCCAUCGAGACGAUAAUGAGGAAGGAUGGCGCGCUCUAGAAGCGAUGUAAAUAUGUAUAAGAACGCAAGCCCUGUUGCACACACACGACAGUACUUCCGGAGUGCAUGCAUGGACACGAGGAGCAAGCAUGUCAGCCACAUGUGAGGACCAAUGGGGAAGCCGACCAGAGAUUUCAGUUCCGAAUCAGCAGCUCGGCUCGCCUGUCCGUUGCAUUUAGCUGUUAGCUUCUCGAUCAAGAGGCGGUCUCACUGUGCUGUUGUGACUGCUGAAGUGCGCAGGUCGCGACGCCAUUCGCCAGAUGGGAGUUUCAUGCAAGCGCCACCAAGGAACGGGUAGGAGUUGGACGCGAAAUUCGUCCUGAAACCAAGCCGCUUUCCCCUAACCAGAACUCAAUUCUCGCGCUCGGACAACCACACUGAUGCAUACCAGCGAAAGCUAAGUACCAUGUUCGUGCCUAUCCUCAUCACUCGCCUGACUUGUGCAGUGCAGAGUCUGUCUAUCUUUACACCACCGCUCCCUGCGCAC